AUGAGGGCAAGGAAGGAGGCUAUGAAACGGUCCAAGGCCAUGGAGCUUUGUGGUACAGGUGGGGUUGUUAAUGGUGAAGUAGUGGAAGAUGUGAUGCAGCGAGGGAAAAAGACGUCCAAGAAAUGUGAAUGCGGCGCCAUGAUGUAUGAUGGUGUGGAUGAUGAUGGUCUUUGGGUCAUUCGGAAUUUUAAAAAUGAGCAUGAUAACCAUACACCUAAUCCUAGUAUGGCGAACUUGGUUAAGGAAUAUCGAAUGAAGCAUUUCACGUCCAAUGUGCGUAGGAACUUACAAAAUUAUUAUGAGGAAGGUCUCCCUAUAAGGCAGAUUCAUGGAUGUAUGGCUAUUGAGACUGGGUUUGAUAACCUUCCUAGUGUUAAGGACCUCCAACACGAGAUAUAUAAAGCAAAGAGGCUGAUGAUGGAAUGGGGUGAUGCGGCUACUAUGAUGGCGUACUUUGACCGUAUGCAAGCGGAUAAUCAAAAUUUCUAUCAUGCACAUCGACUAGAUGAAGAUAGUCGUCUCAAGGACGUAAUGUGGGUUGGCGCUCGUAGUAGGGUGGCAUAUCAAGAUUUCGACGAUGUUGUUUUCUUUGAUGCUACUUACCUAACAAACAAGUAUGAGCUAUCGUUUGCUGAUUUUGUAGGAGUAAACCACCACGGACAAUCUAUAUUGUUGGGUUGUGCCCUUGUAUCACAUGAGGAUUGUGACACAUACUCUUGGGUUUUUCGGCAGUGGUUGGCUUGUAUGGGUAACACACAACCCGGGGCUAUUCUAACAGACCAAGCUGCUGCAAUGCGCAAGCCAUUGGCACAAGUAAUGCCCAACGCGCGACAUCGUUGGUGCAUUUGGCACAUCUGGAGGAAAAUCCCAGAAAAGCUCGAAAAAUGUGAACAAUCUGCCUUUGCAUUGUUUGCAUCUGGUUGUUGCAUCUGUUUGCUUCAGAUAUGUCUUUACUUGGUUGCUUCUGUUUGUUGUUUAUCUGUACUUUGUUGA